AAGUCAGAUGCUUAACCAACUGAGCCACCCAAGCACCCCACAUACAUUUGUUUUUUAGUGUCUAUUGGUGAAAUUCAGCGACAAUAGUUUUGCACUCAGUUAAAUUUCAACAGAGCAACUGGCGUUCAGGUCAUAUGAGGACAGUGAAGUUAAUAAACACAUAGUAGGGGCAGUUUAAUCUGAUGGCAGCAAGAAAAUAAUAAGAUAGUUAUCAGAAGUGGCUCAACGGGUCAGCACCAGAUUAGCAUCUUUUCCCCUUAUCUUCUUUGUCUACAACAUACAAUUACCCCUUCCUUCUUUCUCAUACCCACCCCCCUUUGCUUUCCCUAGCAGAGCAACACUUUUUUGGUUUCCUGAAACCUGUGCUCCCCCGAAUUGCAAUUCCGAGACCCCAAAUAACAAACCUUUGUUCUUUUUUAAAUCCACCUCCAGGUGGAUUAACACCUGCUGAGCAAUGCAGACAGCCAUACCUCUGAGCAAGAGCUCAAACGAUUGAGGUCUCCCCACCUCCCCCCAUUUCCUUUUUCUCUGGGUCCUGGUAGAGUGGAAAUGGAAAGAGUGUAUGUUUUUCCCAACACUUUCUCAAAGUGUUUCCAAAACGGCCACCUCUGACAAAUGCACCGUGUUUCAGAUGGGGAAUUUACCCAUGAGACUGGAAACCCCAACCGCUGGCUCCCGCGAGUGGGUGUAGCGGUGAGGACUCCAGCGGGGGAGGCGGGGGGCGGCGAGGAGAGCCAUUGCAGCAGCUCCUCGGGGCGGGGACCCGCCGCGCCUCCUAGGCUUCCAGCUCCUUUAGCGAGAACCCUCGGGCUUUCCAGCUGAGGCCGGCCAUCCCGCGCGGCAGGGAGCGACGAUGGAGAGGCUGGUGUUCGUUGGGCUCUUGUGUCAUCUGUCUGCCUACAGACUGAUUUGGUUCUUCGCAGCAGUGAGGCUCUGCAGGGCGGCCCAAGUGGUGACCCAAGAUGAAGAAGAGCUGCUGAACACACCUGCUUCCUUAAGAUGCUCUCUGCAAAAUUCCGAGGAAGUCUUGAUUGUGACAUGGCAGAAAAUCAAGGCUGUAAGCCCAGAAAACAUGGUCACCUUCAGCAAGAACCAUGGGGUUGUAGUCCAGCCUGCCUAUAAGGACAAGAUAAACAUCACCCAGCUGGAACUCAAGAACUCAACCAUUACAUUCUGGAAUACCACCCUGGAGGAUGAAGGGUGUUACAAGUGCCUCUUCAAUACUUUUGGUUCCGGGAAGAUCUCAGGAAAAGCCUGCCUCACCCUCUCUGUACAGCCCACAGUGUUCCUUCACUAUAAAUUUUUCGAAGACCACGUAAAUAUCACUUGCUCUGCCAAUGCCCGCCCAGCCCCUGUGAUCUCCUGGAAGGUCUCUGGGUCAGGGAUUGAAAACAGUACUGAGAUUCUCUCACACCCCAAUGGGACCACGUCUGUCACGAGUGUCCUCCAGGUCAAAGACCCCAAGAGCCAGGUGGGGAAGGAGGUAAUCUGCCAGGUGCUACACCUGGGGACUAUGACCAGCGUCAGGCAAACUUUGGACAAAGGCUUUUGGUUUUCAGUUCCACUAUUGUUAAGUAUUGUUUCCCUGGUCAUUCUCCUGGUCUUAAUCUCAAUCUUAUUAUACUGGAAACGUCGUCGGAACCAAGACCGAGAGCCCUAGAAGACUCACACAGAACCCUGAAUAUUAUGUCCUGGUCUACUUGAAUCUGAUUCAUGAGAAAGGCAGGAGGAAAAGGGUCAUUCUCCAAGAACAAAAGAGGUAGGGGUAAAAGACCUAAGAAUUUCAAGAUUUCCUUCUGCCAUGUAAGCGACCCAGUGCUGGUGAGUGUUCCAAAAGGAAGUCAUUUCACCUCUCAAGUCUGUUGUAGGACUUGAUUUUGUGAAGUAGGGCAGUGUUGUCCUGUUGAAUGGACUCUGGAUCAGUAGCCACAACUCAGAGACUGACUCUGGCUCCAGCUGAUGGCAGCCCCACGUUCAUCACUUUCUCUCAAUGAGCUUCCACAUCUGCAUCCAGAAAAUUAAGAAGUUGGACCAGAUAAUUUGCCAUUCUGCUCUAAAAACUGAUGUAAUUCCAGGAAAGAAAAUGAAUAAUGAAAUGAAAAAGAGAAAGGAGAAUACAGAGAGGUGUUGAGGACCAAAGAACUUUUCUGAGACUACCUUUAACCUUUCUGUUGAUGUUCCUUCUCUUCUUCCAUAUUGUUCCUAGGUCCAUGAGUCUGUUUUUUCAUGUGUUUCUUCAUUGCAUUGUUAAUAGCUGGUCUUUCUAAAGUCCUUGGUUUCACUGCUAUAUUUCAUGUUCUUUUGUGACGUUUACCACAAUGAAUGUGGGACUGAAUUUAUUGCAAAAUAACAUCGGCAACCUUAACUUUACUUAUCUAUUUUUAUAGAAGAAUAAGUAUUGUUAGUCCAACAGUUCGCAUAUUUAAAAAAGUUUGCAUUUCCUGUCCCAUUUGACUCAUAAGAUGUCAGUCCUAUUUUAGUCGUUGUGAAUUCAAACUUGUGUAAUGAAAACAUAUGAUAAAAAUAGGCAUUUAGGAAGUUUUGUAAAUAACAGUCAGUCAAUUCAAAUGCUUUUCUCUCCUGUCUUCUUUUCUCAUGAGUUAACUUCUCAUAAUAGCAGAGAAGGCAUGUAUGGGUUUAUAGAUCCCUUUGGUCUAAAUAUAUUUCCCUUUCCUUUCCUUUCCUUUUUAUUUAUUUAUUUUGAGGGGGGAUGGGACAGAGAGAGAGACAGAGAGAUAGAGAGAGAGAGAAACUCAAGCAGGCUUCAUGCCCACCACCCUAGGAUCAUGACCCAAGCUGAAAUCAAGAGUCAGACACUCGACCAACUGAGCCACCCACGUGACCCCUAAAUAGAUAUUUCGAACUAGUGGAACAAUUUUGAACUCUUAUUACUCACAAGACCAAAUUAGUGACUUUUUCAGUAUUGCCUGCUUUCUUCUCUCUACUCCGUGACUAAAACUUAACUUGUUUUCACUGUUGAAUUGGAUAUUUGUAUAUUUAAGCCUUUCAUAUGUUAUUUAAUUCUGUAUUAUUUCAUAUAUUUGUAUUAAAAUACUGAAUGAUUAAAAGUAAAAGUGUCAAGGCUAAA